AUGACACUCCAUUCACUGGAACGGAAAAGAAAGCAAUGACACGUAGAGAGACGGGAAAGUGAAACAACAAACCACAAGACAAACAGCAGCCAAGGAGACGAACAAUGACUGUAGGAACACGCAGAGAUAGUGGAAGACACGAAGCUUUAUGAAGAGACGCGAGGGGGUGUGGCCUACUAGUGACAGACAUCAGGGAGGGCGAACAGCACGCUGGGAUAGGAGGGAAACCAGGCCAAGGAGCUUUGCACUUGAGGAAAGAAUAACAACAGAACACAAGUCUUUUAUAAUAAGGAGGGAGGACUGCCGUCUGGCUGACAGGAGGGGCGGCCCAGGCUCCAUGCGUCCCUGUAUACACACCGUACAUUCCUAUCAACUCGCGCGCGGGUAACCUUGCUGGCACUGCGGCACGGACAUGUGAGGCAAACAGCUCUGUCUACUGCAUGUGAGCAAACAGCCUGUUGUCUCUUGUAGGCGGAGCGGUCACACACACAGGCACCUGGGUAUUGGGAAUAGGCGGGCUCCCUGUGGAUUCCGCGCUCAGCGGGGAGUGAAGAGGCAUGUGACGGCGGAAGGACACCUGGCCUGUGACACGAUGUACAAUGUGUCCGGAUAGGUGACACGGGAGGGCAUUGUGUAGUGUACACCGCUGGGCUGCUGUCAUUACUUAGCGCUCUGCACACCUGUACCUGCCGUAGAGCUGCCACAAAGCCUGCCCAGUGUACCUGACAUCGGCUAAAUGCCCAAUGUGGGAGAGAGCGACACACGUCGUGUACUAGUCCCGCUGCUGUAUGACCGGCUCAUGUUCAUGCACGGGGAAUGAGCUUAAGCAAUAGUGUGCGAUACACGAACAUUUGACUGGCACUGAACUCCGGACUUAGCGCCUUCGCACAGCACAAGGACACUUCCCCCUUCACCCCCGGUGGAUGCGUGCUGAACCAACCGCGUGCGUGUCGGGGAUGGGUGGGCGGCAGAGCAGCAGUCCGGCAGCGGACGGUCGGACACGGGCUUACUCUGGAUCGGAUAUUCCUAGUACCACGGCCCGGGGGCCUUACAGGGGCCCUUCUGGGGUCGCCUCCUCGUCGUCGUCCCCUCUCGCCAGGUACUCGUAUGAUUCAAGUGGGCAGGAGACAGCGGGGGCGACCGGGAGAGGGGCGAGUGGCACGGACAGCGUUCAGCCGGCAGCACUGAGUUCCAGGAGCCGCUCUGUGGGGGGGAUUCGCAGUCAGGCCCCGCUUAGUAUCCCCGGUGCAGCCCGGGACUCUGGCAGUAGCACGCCCGAGGAAGGACCCAGAGACAGAGCACAUGGGGGGCGUGAAUCUAGGCUAAUGAUUGGAUCCUUACCUGCUCACCUCUCCCCACACCUCUUUGGCGGUUUUAAGUGCCCAGUCUGCUCAAAAUUCAUUCCCACAGAUGAAAUGGAUUUGCACCUUGUCAUGUGCUUGACAAAGCCAAGAAUAACCUACAAUGAGGACAUCCUCACUAAAGAUGCUGGUGAGUGUGCAAUAUGCCUGGAAGAACUGCAGCAAGGGGACACGAUAGCAAGACUGCCAUGUCUAUGUAUAUAUCAUAAAGGGUGUAUAGAUGAAUGGUUUGAAGUAAACAGAUCUUGUCCUGAGCAUCCUUCUGACUAGACUACUAGGGUCCUGGAUGAUAGGUUCCUUCUCUGCUUCUGUGAGUGGAAAAGCCAAUGACUACAGUGAGUACCAGAGAGACAGCAUUGUAUCAGUCUAAGCACCGCCAGCGCUUGUGACGGCUCUGAACGUGGGCCAAUGAGCAGCAGCCUCAGUGACUCCGCCCCACGGAUGCUAAAGGACUGCCUCAGAGAUCAGUGUGCCAAACCUUAUACAGACACACACGGAGAUUCUAUAGACAUGCUGCACAUACUCUUUAGCCCUUCCAUUCCUGUUAAUGGACAUUUUCUAUGUGAAGGCCAAAGUUACCCUGUGUCCUUUUUUUUAACAUUGUAAAUUGAUGUUGUUUUUCUCUCUCAUGUACUAAAAAAAGUUCCUGGGAUUUGAGGUACUUUCUAGCAGAACUUUUCAUUGUAUCCCUUGUUUUUCUAGAUGCCAAAUUCAGUACGGUUCAUUUUGUCUCUGUACCCACCCAGUUGUGGUACAUUCAUUGGGAGAGGGGGCCCAGCCACCAGUAUAUGUCAGGCUUGUGUGGUACCACGGAACUUCAUGAGCUCCGGCCUGGGGCAUCCAAGGCCUGAAAACUGCCGGAUAAGCUGGAGUUAGAUUUUACCACCCAUGUCCUACAUACUCAUACACGACAAUUCUUUCUAAAUGUAUCUGCCUGCCCUCCAUGCCAGCGCCACUCACACCUAGUUGCCAUAGCUUGUCCUUAAAGGGAUACUGUCAUGGGAAACAUGUUUUUUUCAAAACGCAUCA